AUGGGUGUCGAUUCUGCCAUCGACGUAGACGCAGCACUAGAGCCCAUACCGCCCAAUAAUGUGCCUGAUAGCGAGGUCAUUAUCGAGGCUGACAAUCAGAACGAGGAUGAAAGAGAAGAGUCGGUUCGAGGCAUCGAUCUCUCAGCUGCACAACCAACUUUUACGCCAAAAAAUGUGAAAUUUCUUAUCGACGACCUCGAAGAGCCGUGGACCUACUCACGACCUUUCGACUACAUACAUAGCCGAAUGAUGAACUCCUCGAUUAGGGACUGGCGGGAAUACAUAAGAAACUGCUAUGACAACCUCAAUCCCGGUGGAUAUCUGGAGUUAAAUGAGAUUGAUGUCAAGCUACUCUCUGAUGACGGCACCUUGAAACCGGAGCAUUCCAUCUCUCGAACCGUCGAGAUGCUCCAAGAGGCUUCAGAGCUAUUUGGACGCCCGUACCAAGAUCCCAGGGCAUUAAAAUCGGUUCUCAUGGAGACGGGUUUCACUGGUGUGAUGAUGCAACACUUCAAGUGGCCCACCAACUCUUGGCCGAAGGAACCCCGACACAAAGAGCUUGGGGUUUGGAAUAACGAGAAUCUCACACAGGGAUGGGAGGCGAUUUGUAUGGCGCCGCUCACGAGGGCGCUUCGUUGGACCAAGAACGAGGUCUUGGUAUUAAUGGCCGAGAACCGCAGAGACUUCUGCGACCGAAACAUUCAUGCGUACUUUUCUAUAUGGUCGAUUUAUGGACGAAAGCCAAUAGAUACAGACAUGGGUGGCACCGAGGAACGUAACGAGGCAGACAUCAUGAAGACCACUAACAGACCCGAUGAAUGGAAGAUUGAGCAGGGACUGGCUGGGGCGGAGCUUCCCGUCCUUGACAUGACGGGACCGCAAACCAAGGCUCUCCCCCCUCAGAUUUUUGGUGACCUAACGAAAGAUGAUGCCGCCAUAAAGAAAGUCGGCGACCCGAACAAGUUGUUCACCGAGGAGCGGCAAGGUUGGACCGGCUUCGUCGAGUGGGAAAGUUAUCCGGAGAAGAAGGCCGCGGCCCAUAGGAUCUUGACCUCCCAGACAUUUCCCCCAAAUCCAGAGUUCCAGCUUGGGCCUAUUCCAGCUAGCAAUCCUGUCCUUCCUGGUACUCAUUGGAAGAUGUGGCACAAGGCGGUUGGAGGCGCUUUGUCUCGCAUCCCCGACGACUCGUGGGAUAUUGUGCUCAAGGAGAAGCACGCCGACAUGCUGCAUCUUCUCCAAUUUCCUUACAACGGCGAGCCUCCCAAGCGCCUCGUGACCGACAAAGAAAUUACCCCGAAUCCCCUCCACUUCGUCCGAAACCACGGCGGGAUUCCGAUCAUCGACAAAGAGCACUACAGCUUCCUGUUGGAUGGACUUGUAGCGAACCCGAGAUCGUUCACUUUGGAUGACCUCAUGGACGAAACCAAGUUUCCGCGGAUGGAGAAGACAGUGACGAUGCAAUGCUCGGGAACCCGACGUAUCGAGCAGAUUCUCAAGUACCCCGGUCAGGGUGAUGAGGUGCCUCAAGCACCCUGGGCCGAAGGUGCGAUCGGAACUGCCAAGUACGUUGGCAUCAGCCUCAAAAAAGUCAUCAAAGCCUGCGGUGGACUCAUCGAAGGGGCAAAACAUCUCGAAUUCUACGGCGCGGACACCUACUUCAAAGAUGACAAAACCAUGAACUAUCUCGUCAGCGUUCCAUGGUCAAAAGUGAGGGCAAACGAGGUCAUGCUGGCCUGGGAGAUGAAUGGCGAUGUUCUUCCUCGCAUUCAUGGAUAUCCCCUUCGCAUCGUUGUGUUCGGUUACAUUGGAGCACGAAGCGUCAAGUGGCUUUACCGCAUUAAGGCUAUCAAGAACCCUACACGUGCGCCUGUUCAGAGCCAGGAGUACCUCUACUUUCCUCAACAAGUCGGCAAGCAUAAUCUCAAGAUGACGGACGGCAUCCAGAUUCAGGAAAUGCCAGUUAGUUCUGCCAUCAUGUCGCCUUGGACCAAACAGGUCGUCAUACAUAACGGCAAAAUCCGCUGCAAGGGAUGGGCCUACUCAGGUGGUGGUCGCUGGCCAGAGCGGGUUGAGCUCUCAGCUGACGGGGGGUUCAAUUGGUAUACUGUGCCGGUCGAGAAUCUCUCCAAGAAGCGAAAAUGGACCUGGCGAACCUGGGAGAUCGAUCUUCCUUGCGACGUGGAAGGCUGGAUUGAGAUCGUCUGUCGCUGCUGGGACAAUUCGCUCAAUACUCAACCGCCCGAUGCACGCCUCCGGGAAUUUGCAGACAAGGGUAUUCCGUUCGCUCCAAUCACAGUACCCCUGGCUUUCCCAUCUCAAUCUUGGGACGAGUAUGAGGAAUUUUGGAAAAAGCACGAUCCACGGGAUGCUGAGGAUUAG